GCAACCUCCAAACAUUUGGAGUGAAUUGGCGCAACUUCUCUACUCCCGCGUGAAGCAAUGUUUUGUUUUGAAGAUUGCUGCGUGACUACAGCUUUAUUUACACAUAUAACCUAUAUCUCCAGAUUGGGAAGCAAAGGAGAGAGAGGACCCAUGGGCGUUCCAGGUGCUCAAGGUCUGAGUGGACGCAAAGGAGAGAGAGGACCCAUGGGUGUUCCAGGUGCUCAAGGUCUGAGUGGACGCAAAGGAGAGAGAGGACCCAUGGGCGUUCCAGGUGCUCAAGGUCUGAGUGGAAGCAAAGGAGAGAGAGGACCCAUGGGCGUUCCAGGUGCUCAAGGUCUGAGUGGACGCAAAGGAGACAAGGGCUUCCAAAGAAGAGGUGGACCCAAAGGAGACAUUGUAGACUCCGACGUGGAGGGGCUAGCUGGUGAGAAAGGGGAAAAGGUAUGUCUGGAGAAUCUGGCACUAAAGGACAGCACAGAGUGAGGAGACCUUGGACAUAAUGGUCCAACAUGGAGACUCUGGGAAGCCAGGUGAUGUAGGACCCCCUGGACUGCCUGGUCCUCGGGGGUUGAACGGCAUGAGCGGUGUGCAUGGCAGGCCGGGUAUUGAGGGUC